AUGCCCUCCUUCGGCGCCGCAACAACUGCCACGGAAGUGGUCCAGGCUCUCCCACAACAUGUAAAGGGACGCACAUUUCUGAUCACGGGCACCGGCGAGAAGGGUAUUGGCGCAGCAGCGGCAGUGGCUCUGGCGCACGGCGAACCUGAACAACUCAUUCUUGUGAGUCGUAGCAAGACCAGAGUCUAUUCCGUGGUGGAAGACAUUGCAUCAGUCAACCCCAAUAUCAAGGUCGUCUUCCAGCCGUGUGACCUAUCAGACUUCGACUCAGUCAAGCAGACGGCAUCGACGAUUCUUAACAGUACAUCCAUUCCCAGGAUUGACGUUGUCGUAAACAAUGCGGGUGUCAUGGCGAUUAUGGAAUACACCAAAGAUAAGCAGGGCUACGAAAUGACGCUUUCUGCGUGUCAUCUUGGCCAUUUCCUGCUGACCAAUCUCAUCAUGCCUAAGAUCAUUGCCGCUGGUCCUGGAUCUCGCAUCGUCAACGUAACCAGCAACGGACACCGUGUUAGCCCCUUCCGAUUCCAUGACUGGAAUUUCUCGGACGGGAAAGAAUACGAAAUCUGGACUGCAUAUGGUCAGGCCAAGACUGCCAAUAUUCUUUACACUGUAGAACUAGCACGGAGAUUGGCCUCCAAGAAUAUACAAUCGUACGCCGUGCACCCAGGUGGUGUGACGAACACAAAUCUCAGCAGUCACGCUGAUUAUGAAAUAUUCAACACCAUUUCUGAGGUUGCGAAGCGAAAUAACGGCUGGGACAGCUUCCCUCCACUCGAUCCCAACACUUUCAAGACGUCACACCAAGGAGCGGCACCUUUGCUUACGGGCGCUCUUGAUCCUGCUCUGGAUGAGCAUAGUGGAGCUUACAUCGUCGACUGUCACAUUGAGGAGGCCCUCGAUUAUGCUACCGAUCCAAGAAAUGCUAAGAAAUUAUGGGAUUUGAGCGAGGAGCUUGUCGGUCAUAAGUUUGAUUUCUGA